GGCCCCUUCCUCUUGGCGCGGGGCGAGUGGCGCCGUCGAGGGAUCGAGAUCAGCCAAGUAGUUGCCUCCGCCAAGUCCGUCCAACAAACUGUAGGCAACGGCGUAGGCAGCUCAUGAAAAAUGCACUGAAUGUAAUACACUGUGGAAGACCUCACUAUGGCUUGUGUCACCUCGAUGAUAUUAUCGAAGGCCUCGGCCUUUCGAGCUCUCUGGCCUCUUCGCCUGUCUUCUUCCAGAAGCUUCAGCAAAGGGCAGCUGGCCCUGGCUGCUCAGAACUUUUCAGGCUACGAAUCCAUACAAGCACAAUAUAAGCCAGAGGUGCCAGAAUACUUCAAUUUUGCAAAAGAUGUGGUGGAUAGCUGGGCUGAGGCGGAAAAGGAAGGAAAUCGACCGACAAGCCCAGCUCUCUGGUGGGUCAAUGACCAAGGAGACCAAGUGAAGUGGAACUUUGUGGAGCUGUCCCACGUUUCCAAAAAAGCGGCUAGAGUGCUCUCUGAGCAGUGUGGUCUGCAGAGGGGAGACAGAGUCAUUGUGAUCCUGCCACGGAUUCCUGAAUGGUGGCUCUUGAAUGUGGCUUGCAUGCGAACAGGAACCGUUCUUAUUCCUGGGACAACACAGCUGACGGCAAAAGACAUUCUCCACCGAGUCCAGACUUCAAAGGCCAGAUGUAUCAUUACUGACGAGGUUCUGGCCCCAGCAGUAGAUACCAUAGCUUCCAAAUGCCCAUCUCUAGAAUUCAAGCUCAUUGUGUCAAGGAACCACAGGGAGGACUGGCUAAACUUCAGUGACUUAUUGAAACUUGCACCUGCCGAACACGACUGUGCAGUCACAAAGAGCUGUGACCCAAUGGCUAUCUAUUUCACCAGCGGGACAACAGGGACUCCCAAAAUGACUGAACAUUCUCACGCAAGUCAUGGCAUUGGCCUUGGUGUAAAUGGAAGGUAUUGGCUGGAUUUGACCCCCUCGGACAUCAUUUGGAAUACGUCUGACACAGGUUGGGCAAAAUCGGCUUGGAGCAGUGUUUUCGCACCCUGGAUCCAAGGGGCAUGUGUGUUCGUUCACAGCAUGCCACGCUUCGAGCCAACCCCUGUACUUGAAGCUUUGUCCAGGUUUCCCAUAACAACAUUCUGUUCUGCUCCAACUGCUUAUCGGAUGCUAAUCCAUCACAGUUUAAGCAGUUAUAAAUUCCACAGCCUGAAACAUUGCGUGAGCGCAGGGGAGCCCAUGAACCCAGAAAUCAUGGAGCAAUGGAAAACAAAAACAGGACUGGAUAUCUACGAAGGCUACGGGCAGACAGAGACGGUGCUGGUUUGUGGAACUUUCAAGGGGAUGAAAAUUAAGCCGGGCUCUAUGGGGAAGCCUUCCCCAGCCUAUGACACUCAGAUAAUAGAUGAAAACUGCAAUAUGUUGCCUCCUGGGAAAGAAGGAGAUAUUGCUAUCCGAAUAAAACCGACGCGGCCAUUUUGUCUUUUCACUCGAUACACGGAUGAUCCAGAAAGAACGAAUUCAACCGUACGCGGGGACUUCUACAUCACCGGGGACAGAGGAAUGCAAGAUGAAGAUGGCUACUUCUGGUUCGUAGGAAGAGCCGACGAUGUCAUCAAUUCUGCUGGAUACCGCAUUGGACCAUUCGAAGUGGAAAGUGCAUUGAUAGAACACCCGGCAGUAGUAGAAUCCGCUGUUGUUAGCAGCCCAGAUUCCGUCAGAGGGGAGGUUGUGAAAGCCUUUGUGGUUUUGGCACCCGACUACGUUUCCCGCGACCCAGAAGCACUGAUUAAGGAGCUACAGGAUCACGUCAAAAAAGUCACUGCCCCUUACAAGUAUCCUAGAAAGGUGGAGUUUGUGCCACAUCUGCCAAAGACAAUCAGUGGGAAAAUCAGAAGAAAUGAAUUGCGCAAGGCAGAGUGGGGGAAAGCUUAGAUUUAGCUGUUUACUUCCACAGCGCCUGUUCUGAGUUUUAUAUUGGUUCCUUAUGUUGCAAGAUCUUGCCAUGCCAGCCUCUGUAUUUAAAUCCCAAUGCUGCAGCUGUCACACACACACACUGCAAAAAACACCCCCCCAACCCUCACAUACCCACUCCCUAGGAGUUUGAGGUAUAUUACAAGCAGUGCAGGAUCAGACAUUUGGGGAAUAUCAGUGGUUGAGCAUCUCCCUCCGCCCAUUCAUAUAAAAUCCUAAAAGCGUCUUGCAAGGUUGAGCAAAGCAAAGCAUAACUCUCAUUCCAGAUGCUGAGUCGCAUGCAGAAAAGAACACAGUGUACUCUGGAGAAAAUGCCAACACAAAGUUGAUUCCAAAGCUCAGAAGCUUAAAAAAUCAUCACGAAUCUGCAGGGAGCUACAAGAGCAAGCUAGACAUGUAAUCAAGCACAUUAGCCAGCUCCUUUCCCCACUCCCUGUAGAGGCAGAAUGGAAGGGUCUCGAUCUGUUCAGAUCUCCUGUUGACCCAACAGCUUCCAACACACAGGAUGAUGGAAGUAUCCACACCCAGCCCACCGAAAAAAUCAGGGGAGUGCAAGUUGUUGCAAUGGGGACAUAGUUGUCCCAAAGCAAGUGAACUAUCUGGGUUUAUAAAUAAGGACCUUCACAGCACUGUUGAGACAUGUGCUCAUUUCAACAUUCCACCUAGUUACUGGCAGCAAGCUUCUUUGGGCACCCCUGCUAGAAAGCCCUUCUAGAGACACAACCUGGCCGCAACCUAAAUAAGUCCAGUCUCUAUUGUGCAUCAGGGUGAUAUAAACUACAAGGGAUCCGGUGGUCACCAUGCAAGAGUAGCAUCCCCACCAAAGCUCCCACCAACGAUGUACUAUGCUGAAUGAUGCCGGCAUCAUUGAAGCAGGAGAAAAGGCUUUUAAUUCAGCUGGACACAAUCCAGCCAAUAUUAAAUUCUUACGUCAGUGGGGCCUGAAGCGUGUGAUAGUGACUGAUCAUACCAGGAAUAUUUUUUGUUUCUGCAACAACCGGAGGCCCACAUCUGUGCUUAAAUAUCCUCUCCCCCAUCCAUGUGUAAGCAAGCUCCUAGGAUUAUAGUUAAGAACAACAGAGCAGACUUUUAAGUAUUAAUAUUUCUGCAUAUGUAACUUCCCUACAGUGCUUAAAGAGCUAUCAAAAUCAAAAAGCUAUCAACAGGCAAAAUCCAAACUGUUAAAACAGAAAAUCGUUUUUAUUUCAUAUUUUAUUUCACUUAAUUCAGAUCAUAAAAAAUGGUUAGCUAAAAAAUUCCAGCCCGGACCAAUAUCUCCUGGGACACUGAAAGCACUAUAGGCACAGUAUUUCACAAUAUUGGCAACCAUUUUCAAGCCAAUGCCAGGUUUCUCAUGCAUUCAAGAAGUAAGUCACAGAACUCUCCUGCCAUGCUAUGCAACAACCUCAUUCCAUUUAAUGUGCUGAGUUUGUUUAAUUUGUUAUAGAACUUCUACCUCUUUACUUUCUGAUUGAUGUGGGUUUAUGUUAGCUCCUGUCUUUGAUUUAAACUUCUGACUUUUCCCAAGGGCUGUGUACCAGCCUCAAGUAUGGUGGUAAUGCCCCAAAGUAAACAAAACAUGUUUUGUCAGAAAUAGAGCAUCAAGAUAAGAAAAGUGCUUCAGUUUUACUGUGGAAUUUAAGCUGCUAUACUGGAAGGAAGUCAACCUCCAGAAUUCCAGGCCACACUUCUAUUGUACUUCACUAAUAAAAAAUCAAUAUGGAUAUAAAA